CCUCCCACCAUUUUAGCAAGCAAACCACACUUGCUAGAGAUAAACCUUAGCAUUAAUCUCCUCCUCCUCCUCCUCCUCCUCCUCCUCAAUAAACAAAUAAAAAAAAAAGAAAAAGAAAAAAAAAGAGCAAAAAUGGAUUAUGUCCAUGAGUUUGCAUCAAUGAACUUCAUCAUCUUCUUCAUAGCUCCACUCUUAAUCCUCUUAUCAAUCACAACACUAAGAAACAGAAGAAAGCUUCCACUUCCUCCAGGUCCUCUAGGCCUUCCCAUCAUCGGCAACAUGCUCAUGAUGGACCAGCUCACGCACAGAGGUUUAGCAAACCUCGCACAAAAACACGGCGGCCUUUUCCAUCUCCGUCUCGGCUUCCUCCACGCCAUCACCGUCUCCACCCCUGACAUGGCACGCCAAGUCCUCCAAGUUCAAGACAACCUCUUCUCCAACCGCCCUGCCACCAUCGCCAUCUCCUACCUCACCUACAACCGUUCCGACAUGGCCUUUGCUCACUACGGUCCGUUCUGGCGCCAGAUGCGCAAGCUCUGCGUGAUGAAGCUGUUCAGCCGCAAGCGCGCAGAGUCUUGGGCUUCCGUGCGCGACGAGGUUGACCGCGCUGUGCGCGCGGCCGCCUCGGUCUCUCCGGGCUCAGCCGUGAACAUAGGCGAGCUUGUUUUUAACUUGACUAAAAAUAUCACGUUCAGGGCUGCGUUUGGGUCGCAGUCUCAUGAGGAGCAGGAUGAGUUUAUAUCCAUUUUGCAGGAGUUUUCUAAACUUUUUGGGGCGUUUAAUAUUGGAGAUUUCAUUCCUUGGUUAAGGUUGAUGGAUUUGCAGGGGAUUAAUAAGAGGUUGAAGAAGGCCAGGCUUUCUCUUGAUAAGUUUAUUGAUCAUAUAAUUGAUGAACAUAUUGCGAAUCCCAAGGAAGGUGAUGAUGUUGAUGGUGAUAUGGUGGAUGAUAUGUUGGCCUUCUUUGAGGACUACGGUAGCAGUGAGAAGAAGGACUCUGCUGGUGAUGAGCUCCAAGCUACGCUUAAGCUUACCAGGGACAACAUCAAAGCUAUUAUCAUGGAUGUAAUGUUCGGAGGAACAGAAACAGUAGCAUCAGCCAUCGAAUGGGCAAUGGCCGAGCUCAUGCGAAGCCCAGACGAGCUCAAGCGCCUGCAACAAGAGCUCACCGACGUCAUCGGCCUCGACCGGAAAGUCCAUGAGUCCGACCUCGAUAAGCUUCCAUUCCUCAAAUGCGUAACCAAAGAAACACUUCGACUCCACCCACCCAUCCCUCUCCUCCUUCAUGAGACAGCCACCGACUGUGAGCUCGCCGGCUACUUCAUCCCGGCUCGUUCCCGAGUCAUGAUCAACAGCUUCGCCAUCGGCCGUGACCCAUCCUCUUGGAAAGACCCCAACACCUUCCGACCAUCACGGUUUGCUCCAGGCGGAGAAGCUUCCGGUAUUGACUUCAAAGGGAACUUCUUUGAGCUCUUGCCUUUUGGGUCAGGGAGGAGGUCAUGCCCGGGGAUGCAGCUGGGGUUGUACUCACUAGAGCUUGCCGUGGCGCAGUUGAUUCAUUGCUUUAAGUGGGAGCUGCCGGAAGGGAUGAAGCCGGCGGAGCUGGACAUGGGGGAUGUGUUUGGGUUGACCGCGCCGAGGGCUGUGCGGCUCGUUGCUGUUCCGAGUCCCAGACUUGCUUGCACUCUCGUCUGAAACUCAUGAUCAAUAUAUCAUUGGAGUUUCAUGAAGCGAAGAAGUGCAAGCAAGAGAUGGAGAUGGAGAAGAAGAAGAAGAAGAAGAAGAAGGGUUUGGUUUCUUAUUAUCGAAUGCAAAAUAAAAUCAUAUAUAUAUAUAUAUAUAUAUAUAACUUGUGUAUAUUUUAUGUUUUUUUUUACUUCUUCUUCUCUUUUGCUUUGGUUUUUUUGUGAUUGUUUGAUGCUGUUGUAUGCCAAAGAGCAUUGAAAUUACACCAAGUUUAAAGAAUAACAACUUUUGAUUUUGUGUGCUA